AUAACAAUAUUAUUAUAUAUAAUUAAUAUAAUAAUUAGCAUUAAUAUAAUAAACAUAAUAAUCAUAAUAGUUAUAAUAAUAAUAUAAUUAUUAUUAUUUUAAUUUGUAUUAUUAUUAUGUGCUUGUGUCUCUUUUUUCAGGAGCACUUUGUAAACAACAGACCAUGUCAAACAACGAAAUUGAUACAACCAUCAAAAGGUUGGCUCAGGCCAUGAUGCCAGGUUGUAUGUUUAGUUUAAAUGAAAUACUUUUGAAAGAUUGGGCGGGCCGUAUUCAAACACUUGGCGGGCCGGAUGUGGCCCCCGGGCCGUAGUUUGCCCACCCCUGCAAUAGCACAACACCACAUGUGUCAAACUCAAGACCCGGGGGGCGAAAUGUGACCUGCCACAUCAUUUUAUGUGGGCCGCAAAAGCCAGAGAAUAAUGUAUGUCAAUAAUAUUUUAUUUUCUUGCAGUUCUUUGAGAUUUUCCAAGCAUUUUUUUAUUAUAAAAAAAUAAAUAUUUGAACAUCUGCUUGUCACCUUGACAUUCUCACUUCUCAUUUCAAAGUUAUGCAGCAAUUAGUUAGCACAAAUAGAAUAUUCAACACAUGGGCAAUUGUGUAUCAUGAUGUUAUAUUCAUAUUUCUAUUCAAAUUCAUGUAUAUUGACAGUGAUAAGUGGCGCUCUGAGGGCAGCCGUAACUGCGAUGUGGCCCUCAAUGAGAACGAGUUUGACGCCCCUGCACUACACCAUAAAGCAACCACAAUAAAAUGACAGUCAAAACUCUGAAUUAUUAUUUGUUUAAUGAAAAACUUGACUUGGAUGCUAUGAGAGUGUGCCGGUGUACCUAAUAAUGUGGCCAGUGAGUCUGUGAGGAUCCAUUAGUGGUUUUCGAGAUGAUGACCACGUCUUAUGUUAACCACGCUACACCGUGUGCUACUGGUGCUCGUGUGUAUGUGUAGGCACGGCCUGAGGGUGGAGAACAUGCCCUGUUUUAUCCCCAACGAUCGCAGCAAGAAGAGGUUGAUUCAGGACACAGAGGACUGGCAACCUCGCACCGGCACCACCCAGUCCCGCUCCUUCCGCAUCCUGGCCCAGCUCACAGGCACCGACUUCAUGCAGGACCCAGACGAUGAAAGCAUGAAGAGGGCCAGGGAAAAGUUCCUCACUGAGAUUCAGAGCCCUCGCUAUGCCCGUCUGAGGGAUUGGCACCACGACAGGUCUGCUCGCGCCCUAAAUAUCAAAUCCUGAGCGACAUCGGACGUAGAGCCUGCCAGACAUAGCCGCAUCUCAAAGACAAGGAAGAUAGCCGACCAUCGAGUUGCGGAUCGCUUUACAACGCACAGAAGUCGGGGGUUAAAAAGAAACCAAAACUAGAAGUAACUUAGCCAAGAUGACAAAACAUCAAGUGGAACGUUGCAUACUGAGCCAAAGUGUUAAGAUCAGUGUACCACUGAUCUGGAGCCCUAGUUUCGAUUGCUUGGGGGGGGGGGGAGAACUAGCGUGGAGGCAGUCUCAGCAGUGGGGGAACACCUUUCUGUUUGUUAUUCCACUUUGAUUCUUUCUCACGCUCUUCUUACUUCUCAUUUCUGAUCCUGCCAUCUUGUCUCCAAACAUUACAACCCGAAUCAUCAAGCUGUACGUGACUUUUAUUCUUCUUUGCUGUCAUGAAUACAACACAUCUGACAAAAAAAAAAAGAUUCUCUUGCCUCUCUGUUUUUCUUGUGUACUUCUUUUCUUUUUCUUUUCUUCACCUUGGCGUUGAGCAACAAUAAGAGAAGCCUGCUGAGCUCACCUUGCACAUGCAGGUUCGAGUUCAUAAGGUGUCUGCUCACACCCAAUGAAUGUAUUGCCUCAUAGAGAAAACAGCUGUGCAAUUGGUCAUAAAACCAAAGUAACUUAUGUGAUACUUUGAAAUAAGAGUCGUACUUCUGUGUGUGUUGCUAUAAAUGUGCUCCCUGGUGGGGGGACAGAAAGUGACAUCAGGAUUCGGUGUUGAGUUUUAGCCUGGCGUGGGUUACUGUGUUUUUUUAUAUGGGGAUGAAUGUGCCCACGCUGCACGGCGGUGGAGGGGUUAGCACGCAUGCCUCACAGCGACGAGACCCGAGUUCUAUUCCAGCCUCGGCCGUCUCUGUGCGUGGGUUUUCUACGGGUACUCCGGUUUCCUCCCACAUUCCAAAAAACAUGCUAGGUUAAUUAGCGACUCCAAAUUGUCCAUAGGUAUGAAUGUGAGUGUGAAUGGUUGUUGGAAACCUUGAUUGACACAUAUAUGGUAAUGGUUUUAUUUCAUUUGAACAUGCAUCAGAUUACAAUUGAAUGCAUCACAUAAUCAGUUCACAGUUCCACAUGUCCAAAAGGAGAAGGAAGAAGCAAAGCUUAUUAAAUCCUACCCCUCCAUCUGGUACUUUUACAAUCAGUAACUGUUACAUUUGUUCACUUCCUGCUUUCCAUAAUACAGUUUAAGGUUUUUUAUUUAUUUUUUUUAAAUAAUGUAUUAUAAUGGUAUAAUUAUAAUGGUUGGUUGUCUAUAUGUGCCCUGUGAUUGGCUGACGACCAGUCCAGGGUGUACCCCGCCUCUUGCCCGAAGACAGCUGGGAUAGGCUCUA